AGACACGCGAAAAUGUAACAGGUGCUUGAUAUAGUCAGAUUUUAUUUGUGGAAGAAAAACAGAACGAUGCAUCGUCCGAUCAGCACAACUGAAAUCGACGGGGUGUGGUCUUACCUUAGCACAAUUGAUUGGUCGGAACCAUGGUUACUGGGUUUGGGGCUGUUCCAUCUAGUGUGUGCUCUUCUCACCAUCUCGUUGCGGAAUUGUGGCACUCCAUUGGGAGCCUACUUUCUUGUCCUUUUGCUUCUUGUUUACAUGUCUGAGAAUAUAAAUGAGUGGGCUGCACAAAAUUGGAAGUUAUUUGCUCAUCAGCAGUAUUUUGAUAGUAAUGGUUUGUUUAUCUCUCUGCUGUUUUCUACCCCACUCCUCAUCAACUGUCUGGUUAUUGUGGUGUUAUGGUUAUGGAAUGCUGGUAUUAUGUUAGUCCAAGUCAAACAGUCGCAGAUCCGACGGGAUAUCAGAGCGGCCAGAGAGGAAAACAGUAAAAAAGACAAGUGAAGCAGCGAGAGCGAUGUCAUAGCACUGUAUACAUGUAUUAUAUCGGCGUAGACACGACAAGGCAGGAUUUUUGUGCAAACGGUCGAGUAACUUUAUAUGAUACUGUAUGUUUAAUGGGCUUGACCACUUUCAAUAUUUGUUCCAUUUAAGAAUAAACAACUGUAUAUAAUCCUGUAUGUUUAUAGAACUCAAUCAUUUUCAAUGUUUGUACCACCUAAGAACAAGUAACUUUAUGUGGUACAGUACUGAAUGUUUAAUAAGCUCGACCACUUUCAGUGUUUGUACCACCUAAGAACAAGUAACUUGAUGUGUUACAGUACUGAAUGUUUAAUAAGCUCAACCACUUUCAAUGUUUGUACCACUUAAGAACGAGAAACUUUAUGUGGUACAGUACUGAAUGUUUAAUAAGCUCGACCACUUUCAGUGUCUGUACCACUUAAAAACGAGUAACUUUAUGUGGUACAAUACUGAAUGUUUAAUAAGCUUGACCACUUUCAAUGUUUGUACCACUUAAGAACGAGAAACUUUAUGUGGUACAGUACUGAAUGUUUAAUAAGCUCGACCACUUUCAAUGUUUGUACCACUUAAGAACAAGAAACUUUAUGUGGUACAGUACUGAAUGUUUAAUAAGCUCGACCACUUUCAAUGUUUGUACCAGUUAAGAAUGAGUAACUAUGUAGUACAGUACUGAAUGUUUAAUAAGCUCGACCACUUUCAAUGU